CUCCGCCGACUGAACAGGGAGCCUGCAUCGGCUGGGAUCGACCGCUGGAAACCCUGGGUAGGUGGGAUGAGUCCAGGCCUCCCUGCCAUCCCAGCGUGCUGAACAACAAGUAGUUACCACUGCUUCAACCUGCACUGAUUGGAGUGUAAACGAGUCACAUUCCAUCAUGGCAGCAGACUCUAUGGAAAUUGAUGAUGCUUUGUACAGUCGUCAGAGGUAUGUUCUUGGAGACACAGCAAUGCAGAAGAUGGCUCAGUCCCAUGUAUUCCUGAGUGGUAUAGGUGGUCUUGGUGUGGAGAUUGCCAAAAAUAUCAUUCUGGCUGGGGUAAAGGCUCUUACAGUUCAUGACACCAAGCACUGCACUAAUUGGGAUUUGGGGAUCAACUUCUUCAUCCACGAAGAUGAUGUUACCAAUCAAAGGAACAGGGCUGAGGCCACACUUCAUCAUAUUGCAGAACUCAAUCCAUAUGUCCAUGUAGCAGCAUCAACUGUGCCACUAGAUGAAACCACAGAUCUGUCUUUUCUGAAGCAGUACCAGUGUGUCAUAUUGACUGAAGUAAGUCUGUUGCUACAGAAGAAGAUUAAUGACUUCUGUCAUGCUCAGCAGCCACCUAUUAAGUUUAUCAGUGCAGAUGUAUAUGGAGUAUGUUCACGUUUGUUUUGUGACUUUGGUGAUGAAUUUGAAGUGCUGGAUACAACGGGAGAAGAGCCAAAGGAGAUCUUCAUUUCAAAUAUAACACAGUCAAAUCCUGGUAUUGUCACUUGCCUUGAAAAUCAUCCACACAGACUUGAAACAGGACAGUUCUUAACCUUUCGGGAAGUUAAUGGAAUGUCAUGCUUAAAUGGAUCUACACACCAAAUAACAGUGGUGUCACCUUAUUCCUUCAGCAUUGGUGAUACAUCAGAAAUGGAGCCUUACUUACACGGAGGCAUAGCUGUGCAAGUGAAGACUCCCAAGAUGUUUUACUUUGAACGGUUGGAGAAGCAGAUAACAAAUCCAUUAUGCCUUGUUGCAGAUUUUAGCAAGCCUGAGACUCCUUUGCAGAUCCAUGUUGCCAUGCUUGCCUUGAACCACUUCCAGGAGAACUUUGGUCGCGGACCGAACAUUGGAUGCCUUCAGGAUGCUGAGGAAAUGCUGAAAAUAGCCACGUCUAUAAGUGAAACACUGGAAAAUAAACCUCAGGUAAAUGGUGAUGUGGUAAAAUGGCUGUCUCGGACUGCUCAGGGAUUUCUACCUCCUCUGGCUGCAGCAGUGGGUGGUGUUGCUAGCCAGGAAGUCUUGAAAGCAGUAACGGGAAAAUUUUCUCCAUUGCAGCAGUGGCUAUAUAUAGAUGUGUUAGACAUUGUAAUGCCUCUGGAGAAGGUGGGCUCUGAAGAAUUUCUCCCACGGGGAGAUAGGUAUGAUGCCUUGAGGGCCUGUAUUGGAGACUCUCUGUGCCGGAAGCUCCAUGAUUUAAAUGUUUUCUUGGUUGGCUGCGGAGCGAUAGGCUGUGAAAUGCUAAAAAACUUUGCACUUCUUGGUGUUGGUACUGGGCAUGACAAAGGAUUGGUUACAAUUACAGAUCCAGACUUGAUAGAGAAAUCCAACUUGAACAGGCAGUUUCUUUUUCGACCUCAUCACAUACAGAAACCUAAGAGCUAUACUGCAGCAGAAGCAACUCUGAACAUCAAUCCUUCUGUAAAGAUUGACUCAGAUAUUAAUAAAGUUUGUCCAGCCACUGAGAAUACGUACAGCGAUGAAUUCUAUACCAAGCAAGAUGUGAUUGUAACCGCUUUGGACAAUGUUGAAGCAAGGAGAUACAUUGAUAGUCGUUGUGUAGCAAACCUGCGUCCUCUUAUAGACUCCGGAACUAUGGGAACAAAAGGACACACAGAAGUUAUUGUCCCCCAUCUGACAGAGUCCUAUAAUAGUCACCGGGAUCCACCGGAAGAAGAAAUACCUUUUUGCACCUUGAAGUCUUUCCCAGCUGCCAUUGAGCAUACAAUACAGUGGGCAAGAGAUAAGUUUGAAAGUUCGUUUUCUCACAAGCCUUCUUUGUUCAACAAAUUCUGGCAAACCUAUCCAUCAGCAGAAGAAGUUUUACAGAGAAUAAAAUCAGGAGAGAGCUUAGAAGGCUGUUUUCAUGUUAUUAAAACGCUCAGUAGAAGACCCCGAAGUUGGACUCAAUGUGUAGAACUAGCAAGAGUAAAAUUUGAGAAGUAUUUUAGCCAUAAGGCUCUUCAGCUCCUUCAUUCCUUUCCCCUUGAUACACGAUUAAAAGAUGGAAGUUUGUUUUGGCAAUCACCAAAGAGGCCACCUUUCCCAGUGAAGUUUGAUUUUAAUGAUCCUUUGCACUAUGGUUUCAUUGUGAGUGCAGCAAAACUCUUCGCAACAGUGUACUGUGUUCCUUUCACUGAAAAGGAUUUGUCAGAGGAAACUAUUUUGAGUAUUAUUUCAGCUGUGAAAGUACCAGAGUUUAGACCUUCAAACAAAGUUGUACAGACUGAUGAAACCGCAAGAAAACCAGAUCAUAUUCCAGUCAGCAGUGAGGAUGAAAGAAAUGCUAUUUUCCUGCUGGAGAAGUCUAUACUAUCCAAUGAAGCUCUGGAAGCUGACUUGCAAAUGAAGCCCAUAUCCUUUGAAAAAGAUGAUGAUAGUAAUGGGCAUGUAGAUUUCAUAACAGCCGCAUCAAACUUGCGAGCCAAGAUGUACAACAUUGAAGCAGCAGAUCGGUUCAAAACAAAGCGCAUUGCAGGAAAGAUUAUUCCUGCCAUUGCAACAGCUACUGCUGCAGUAUCAGGGCUGGUUGCACUGGAACUCAUCAAAGUUGUGGGUGGCUACCCAGCUGAUGCAUACAAGAACUGUUUUCUGAACCUAGCCAUUCCCAUAAUGGUCUUUACAGAAACUGCUGAAGUAAGAAGAACGGAAAUCAGAAAUGGGAUUUCAUUUACCAUCUGGGACAGGUGGACAAUUCAUGGGAAAGAGGAUUUUACUCUGUUGGACUUCAUAAAUGCUGUCAGAGAGAAAUAUGCAAUUGAACCAACUAUGGUUGUACAGGGAGUCAAAAUGCUCUAUGUUCCUGUGAUGCCAGGCCACAUUAAAAGAUUAAAGUUCACGAUGCAAAAACUUGUGAAACCAUCACCUGAUAAGAAGUAUGUGGAUUUGACAGUAUCAUUUGCUCCAGAGACUGAUGGAGAAGAAGAUUUGCCAGGGCCCCCUGUGAGAUACUACUUUGUUCAGGAAGACAAUUGAUGGUAGAGGCACAGAAGUCACUCAUGGACCAUUUGUUUUCAAAGGAGUGUGCUAAUUUUCAGCUAUUAAAGAUGGUACUAUGUAUUUCUUUUUGGUGAAGCCUUAAUUAAAUGGUGAAAAUCAGUGGCUUUGCACUGAAGACAAACUGGA